UCUGUAUAUUUUUAGACCAAUGGUUAGUGUCGGGGUAUUUGAAUAUUUCGAGGUCAUGAUUAAUAUAUAAUGAAAGUUCAGCUAUUUCCGCGUGAUCGACCAUAUUAUAAUUUUUCAAGAUAUGUUUUCGUAUAAGCCUCUUCCCAUGAUUCCAGUCUCACAACAGAUUGGGAGUUACAGGAACUGACGAGCACUGACUCAGUUUGGUCGGCAGAUAAAAUGGGCAUUGCCGAAGAACUGAAGAAGAUAGAAUCGAAGCUGACUUGCCCUGUAUGUAAGAACAUCUUCAUUGAUCCAAAACUGACUCCGUGUUUACAUAAUAUUUGUCUUGGAUGCCUGAACGAAAUCGGAAAGAAAAAUCCUUAUUCUUCUCACAUCGACUGCCCUGUUUGUCAAGCAGAGAUUGAAAAGCCGCUGCUGAUUGGAGUCAAUGGCUUCUCUACAUUUACCUCUGAUGUUUACAUAGUACGAUUACUUGAUCUUUAUUCGAGAAAUUAUAAACACAGCCAAGAAAAUUGUAGCAGAUGUGAACAGAAUUGUGAGGCGUUCGCGUUCUGCUUCGAAUGUGGCGAUUUUUUCUGUUCCAAAUGUACGAACGACCACACAAUAUCAACUGGCGGAAAACACCUUAUUAUCAAGACCAACGACAUGACCGAGAAAGAUGUACAGGCCAUAAUAUUUCGGMAAAUGUUAACGUGUGGUCACCAGAAAAACCGAGGAGCUUGUCCCGUACAGUUUUAUUGCAGACAUUGCAGUAAGUGUAUAUGUCAGGUGUGUAGUUCAACAGCGAAGGAAAAACACACUAACAUUUCUCUUCUGAACGACGAGUUUGAGGAAGCUUCCAAGAUACUGGAAGCUGAAAUCAAAAGUGUCACGAAACGUGGCGAGGAGAUCACGGAGGGCAAAAAGCUCAUUGAACAACGUCUUAUCGACCUCGAUAAAGAAAUAGAAAAAGUAAAACGACAAGUUCAUUUUGGCAUGGAAAAGAUAGUAAACCUACUUAGGCAACAUGAAAAAGAAAUGUUUUCGCAUAUCGAUGGCGUCAGGGACGUUAAGAAAGAGAAUCUUGAAUCACAAUUGAAAACGUUCGAUAUGUGUUUGCUUCAAGUCAAAAGCUCCAUUGAUUUUACCCAAGUCAUGCUGCAAAGAAAUGUCACGGCUGAAGUCGUGACACUAAAAGAGCAUGUCCACAAUAGGCUGCAGCAACUGGCUCAAAUGUCCGUUGACUCGCGACCCAUCGAGAGCGCCUGUGUUGGCUACGUUCCAAAUCAUGAUGUGUUACGUCACAUCCAGACAAGUGUUCUUGGACACAUCGCCUCGAGUAAUACCGACGUCAUUUCCUCUAAGGCAGAUGGUGAAGGGUUGAGAGAUGGGGCGGUAGGAGAAGAAGCGGUGUUUAUUGUCACUACAUGUGAUUUGAAAGGCGAAACAUGUUAUAGUAGUAUUGACAGUCUGGGUGUCAGAAUCACAGCAUCGGACGGGACAAAGGUUUUACCAAAAAUGAGUAAUAACGAAAAUGGAAUGUAUGAAAUAAGCUACUUGCCAUACACGCCUGGCAAAUACAAAGUCGAGGUGCAAGUAGGCGAGAAAGAUAUUAAAGGAAGUCCUUUUGAAGUGAACAUUCGUCCUCCAGUUCUGGUGCCGCUGAAGGCGUUCGGGUCACAUGCGGGAGCCACGGGACACUUCAGCCAACCGCACGGGAUCGCAGUGAGCGAAGUGGGUGAAAUCGCGGUAACAGAUACACAGAAAAAUUGCAUUCACAUUUUCGACUCUGAUGGAAAAAAGCUCUUGGAUAUCGGAAAAUAUGGGAUUGAUGAAGGAGAGCUAAACUACCCAGCUGGGAUUGCUUUUGACAAGGCAAAUAAAUGUAUCAUUGUGGCAGACAGGGAUAAUCACAGAAUCCAGAUUUUUAAUCGCAAAACUGGGAAACUCGUCAAGAAGUUUGGAAUACCGGGGACAGGAGAUGGUCAGUUUAAUAAGCCGACUGGUGUGAAUGUCGACAAGGAUGGCAGGAUAAUAGUGACAGAUUGGCAGAAUCAUCGAGUGCAAGUCUUUUCAGCCGAGGGGAAAUUUCUCUUCAACUUUGGUACAGGAAUAACAGACAAACUAAAGCACCCAAGAGAAGCUAUUUUCGUGCCAUCACAAAACAUCUUUGUCGUCGCCGAUACAGGAAAUAAUGUCUUGAAAGUUUUCGAUGACAAAGGCAAUUUCCUUCGUAUAAUUGGAAAGCCAGGAAACAAGAAAGGCGAGCUGUAUAGCCCUCGAGGUUUGGUUGUUGACAAUGAAAACCGUCUUAUCGUAUGUGACUUUGACAAUCACCGACUGCAGUUCUUUAACCUCCAAAAUGGCAGAGCUCUGAAUGCGUUCGGCUCCAAGGGUACAAAUGUUGGGCAGUUUAAUAAUCCUCUGGCUGUUGCAGUCAUCAAUAAGGAAGAAAUAGUAGUAACUGAUUGGAGAAAUGACCGAAUUCAAAUCUUUUCAAUGGGUCCCAAGUGGAAAAUGGCCUAUUUGUGCGACUCUUGGGUCUCAAACGUUAAUAUGCAAUAGAUUUUUUUCUUAGAGUGCAAACGCGAUAUCUGUGAAACAAAGCAACUAUAUAGUUUGUACUAAAUAGAACUGAUGAAACUAGUCAUUGCGCUAUCCUGUACUAUUUAAAGCAAAAUAAAUAGGUUUUUUUUAAAUAGAAAACUCUAAUGACUCCUCAUACGUCACAGUCAUUAGCAUAUGACUUGGAAAGCCUUUGAUUGAACCGAAGAAGCCGCACUCAAACUAUGAUUUUUUGGGGGUCAUUCAAAAGCUUACCCCACGUAGAAUCAAUAGUGAGAAUAUUGUCAGUAGUGUGAUAGGCACUUGAAAAACUUGUUCCAAUUAAGCCUCUUUAUAAUUUCAAAACCAAUAAAAUAAUAAUCAAGAUGGUA